CUCCGGAGCUCCGGAGGCGGCUUCACAUCGUGAACGCCGAAAAGUCAAUCGUAAGUACCUCUCUUAAAUCGUGAAGGUUUGGGUCCGGUGGUGGCGCUGAAAUUUGACCUGAUGCAUGCAUACAGGCAAGUACUCCGUCCAUCUGUGCAUGCGCACCAUGCUUCGCACAGUGAAGCUGACCAUCAUCAUCACCGACCAGACGUUCUCUUGUUGCAUUUUGGUGCUUCACGCCUAUAUGGCGCAACCUCUGUGCGAGCUGUGCGCCAGAGUGGGAGUUGUUUGUGUGUGUGUGCAGAAUAGACAUUCGCGACAAAAUUAUCCCGCAUCAAUAGGCACAAACUGGCCUUUGAAGUUCUGCGUUGUGUGGAUCGCGUUAUACUGUGCCGUCAUCCUGCGACGGGCAUGGCGAAGAUAUUCCGACGAUUCGCGAUGGUUACCACGGCAGGGCCACGAAGAAACGGCCCUCCGUUUGUGCCAACUGCUGCAUGUCAUGGUGUAAUCCACUUUGAGGGCACUUGCUGUGGGGGUUGUAUGCACAGCACGUGCUACAGUGCGAAACCGGGCACUGGUUCGUGCGGAAUCGUUCUUUGAUACUAGAAAAGCGGACACAUCUAGUGGUCACUACUGUAAUGCUGACCGUCUGUGAGUAUUGUUAAUCAUUAACUAGUCUUAUCUUCAACAGCAACAAGCCAAUCUAUGAGCAGUGCUCGAUGUAUUCACAUAAUGGCAAAUCAAAAUUUGUUUAUAGUAAAG